AUGAUAUAAAUAAAAAAGUUGUGAAAUCAAAAAAGCAGAUACUGUUUUUCAUUUAUUUGUGAAAAAAUUUAAGAAAAAAAUCUUAUGAAAAGUUAGGUUGGAUUUUUAUUAUUGGCAGAAAGGUAAAAACAGUGGCCAAAAAAAGGCAGCUCCAUUGGUUUUGCCAAAACCAGCCCCUUGGUUUAGGCUUGAUUUGUAAUCCCAAAAAGGAAACAAAACUUUAAAAACCACAAAACCAUGGGCAGUUUUCAGAUCAUCCCUUUGACGGCUCCCAAAACCACUGCUCUCCUCUCUUCUCUGUAUAUUACUCUCUUUCUCUUCCUUUGACUCCAAUCCCGAAACCACUUCACCAAAAAACAUCUUCAACACAAACUAAACAAAACUUAAAAGUAAGAACUCGAAGAUACUGUACUUACAAAUUCCUGUCGGAAUUCUCUUACUUCGUCGGAAAUUCGAAAUCUGGGUUUGUGGGAUUCCGUGUUGAUUUAUCUACCAUUGUUUCCAAGUUUCAAUUUUUUAUCCAAUUUAGGGUUCAGUGUUUGAUGGAAUCGAAUGUGAUGUUCUCUGGGUUUAGUCCAAGAAUGUUGAGCUUAGAAAUGCCGCAAAAUCCACCAAAUCCCCAAAAUUCAAUUCAGUUCCAGCAUCCUCAUCCUUACACCACCUCCGGCGACCAACAAACUCAGCCGCCGAUAAAAUCCUUAUACCCAUACGCCUCAAAACCCAAACAAAUGUCACCCAUUAGCGGUGGCGGUUGCGACGACGAGGAUCGCGGGUCGGGUUCCGGAUCCGGUUGCAACCCUGAAGACAGCGCGGGAACUGACGGGAAGAGGAAAUUGUCACAAUGGCAUAGAAUGAAAUGGACGGAUACAAUGGUUAGGCUUUUGAUCAUGGCGGUUUUCUACAUCGGUGACGAAGCUGGUUUAAACGAUCCAGUCGACGCCAAGAAAAAGACCGGCGGUGGCGGUGGCGGCGGAGGAGGAGGAGGGAUGUUGCAGAAGAAAGGGAAGUGGAAAUCAGUGUCGAGAGCUAUGGUGGAGAAAGGUUUCUCUGUGUCACCACAACAAUGUGAAGACAAGUUCAAUGAUUUGAACAAGAGGUACAAGAGAGUUAACGAUAUUCUUGGUAAAGGAAUCGCUUGUCGUGUCGUUGAGAAUCAAGGAUUGUUAGAGAGUAUGGAUCAUUUGACUCCGAAGUUGAAAGAUGAAGUCAAGAAGUUGCUUAAUUCUAAGCAUCUUUUCUUUAGAGAGAUGUGUGCUUAUCAUAAUAGUUGUGGUCAUCUUGGUGGUCAUGACCAACAACCACCGCAACAGAAUCCUAUUUCGAUUCCGAUUCCGAGUCAGCAGCAGAACUGUUUUCACGCGGCGGAAGCAGGGAAAAUGGCGAGAAUUGCGGAGAGGGUGGAGGUGGAGGAGGAAGUAGAGUCUGAUAUGGCGGAGGAUUCGGAGUCAGAGAUGGAGGAAUCAGAGGAAGAAGAGACGAGGAAGAAGCGGAGGAUAUCGACGGCGGUGAAGAGGUUGAGGGAAGAAGCGGCAAGUGUAGUGGAAGAUGUUGGGAAGAGUGUGUGGGAGAAGAAAGAGUGGAUAAGGAGAAAGAUGUUGGAGAUUGAGGAGAAGAAGAUUGGGUAUGAGUGGGAAGGAGUGGAGAUGGAGAAGCAGAGAGUGAAGUGGAUGAGAUAUAGGAGCAAGAAAGAGAGAGAGAUGGAGAAGGCUAAGCUUGACAAUCAGAGACGGAGGCUUGAGACGGAGAGGAUGAUUCUCAUGUUACGGCGGAGUGAAAUUGAGUUGAAUGAGUUACAGUCUUCGGGUACACGGGUUGACCCGAGUUCCGCUAAGGGGUGAUGCUGAUUAGUAUUUAGGAUUAGAGAUUUUUUACAACUUUGUAGUUUCUAAUGUUAGGAUUCUCACGUUUUAGUGACAUUAGGCAGUAAAUUAAAUCUUAAAAGUAUGUACUAUUGUAGACAAAAGGUCUUUAAUCAGCAAAUUGAUUAAGCAUGUCUACUUUUGUAGUUUCAAUUUUCGAAUAAGGAUUCUCUCACGCUGUCAAUAUUUAAGUGGUUAAUUGGUAAAAGUGAGA